AUGACUAAUAUCGAGUUUUUACUGCUUUCUACAGUAAUAAUAACUGUAACAAAAUUACAUUCAGUGCACAGUUUGUCAUCUGAUCAAAAAUUAUCAAUGCUCGAUGUGAAAUCAGUUCCAACUCAAUCCGUUAAGCAUGUUGCUGAGCAAGAUCUUGCAAACUAUUAUGACAAUUACUUUCUAACAAAUAUUACCAUUGGAACACCCCCUCAGAAUUUCUUAGUUAUUCCGGACACAGCCAGCUCAGAUUUGUGGGUUGUUUCAAUUCACGAAAAAUCCACUUACUCUGCUAGAAAUUUUAUUAGUAGCAAAAAUAAGUUUAAUGAAGCAAAUUCAUCGACAUACUGGACCGAUGACGAACCGUUCAAUCUAGCUUAUGCUUCAGGAACGUGCUCUGGAUUCUUGGCUACAGAUACUGUUUCUUUUAGUGAAUUUUCAAUUCCAUCUCAAAAACUGGGAUUAGCCUGGAAAAUCGGUCCUGUUUUUGUUGAAAAACCGAUGGAUGGUGUGUUUGGUUUAGGAUGGCCUUCUAUUGCUUACAAUAAAAACAUUCCACCUGUACAAAAUGUAUUAAGCCAAUUCGACCAACCAGUUUUUACUGUAUACUUAAAAAGUCUUGAUCCAGGAAAAAAGAUUUUUUGGGGUGGUGCAAUUACGUACGGUGGAUUAGAUAACAAGCGAUGUGACUUAUCCACGCUUUCCUGGGUUUUACUUACGUCAAAAUCAUAUUGGCAGUUCACUAUCCAAGGCUUCUCAGUUGGUGCGUAUAGUAGCAAACAAUGGCAUCAAGCAAUUUCAGCGACAGGAACUUCCUGGUUGGGCAUGCCACCAUUACAAGUAAUUCACGUAGCGGGACAAGUCGGAGCAGUCUACGAUGAAAACACGGAGUUUUAUCUAUUUAACUGCUCAAAGAUUAUUCAUGAAUCAUUACCUGCUAUCAAAUAUCAGAUAGGCGGCAAAACAUACAGUAUACUGUCUGAAACAUACAUUAAUAAGCCGAAUGGGGACGACAGAAUCUGUGCUCUUGCAGUACAAAUGGUGUACAGCACAGGUUUUGGAACACCGUGGAUUCUUGGCAAUGUAUUUGCACAGAAAUUUACGGUUAUACCAGACACGGGAAGUUCUGAUUUGUGGGUCGUAACAGCAGAUUAUAACAGUGAAGGAGGUUAUCAGUACAAGAAAAACACAUUUGAUCCAAAGUAA